AUGUGGGUACUUCUAUCUCUCGCAGGCUUUGCUAUCUCCCGCCUGAAUCCUGACUAUGGUAAGGGAAUAGAAAUAGAGAUGGGUGACAGGCUAAUAGAGAGCAUCAAUAGCAGCAUCGAGAAGUUCAAGAAGCUGACUGGAGAUGGGUUUUUUGGAGAGAAGAUAGAGUGCCAUUGA